CUUCCGGGUUGACGGUCAGCAAGAUGGCGGCGCCCAGCAGCAGCAGCAGCACAUUACAGAAUAGGAAGAGAUACUGGGAAAGUGGAACGGAGGCUUCAGGAGAUGCAGCUCCAGCUCCAGCGAAGGGCAGUGAGGCAGCAGAGCGGGUGAAGGUGGCACAGAGGAAGCUGCGCUCUCGGAGGUCCAGGAGAGGGAAGCAGAUGGGUUGCCCAGCGAAGAAGGUGCUUUCAGGGAGACAGGAUCCUUUCCCAGGACCUGCCCCGAUCCCGAAGGAAGUGAUGAGGAAGUUUAAUCGAGGAGUAUCUGUUAAGGUGGGGAGGAUCACCAAUCACAAAGUGAAGAGUGACCUGAAGGUCCUGGGGGACCUGUCGAAGGCAGCAGCGAAACAGGCCGCACGCUUCGAGCUACUGCUCCCGGAGGAUGCUGGAUGUAUUGUGGAAAUAUUGACAGGUCACAAAGUAAAAGUGAUGCUGGUUUCUGAGAAGCAGCGAUGGGAACUGUUCCAGGAGCAGGAGGAGGAGGAGGAGGAGGAGGAGGACACUGAGGUCCCAGCUCCUGGUCACAGUUGCUGA